AUGUCGGCUCGUGAUUACGGCCAUCUCCAACGCCAAUAUGUCUCUACGGGAAUGCCCUCAUUAGAUGCGUUCUUACGAGGAGGGUUGCCGGUGGCUCAGCUUGUGGAGCUCUAUGGCCCUGCAGGCUCCGGUAAAACACAAGUUUUGAUGUCUAUUGCCGUGGCAGUCUUAGCUGGCGAAGGUCGAGUCUUCUGGUUCGACAGCGAGAGAACACUUCAUCCCGAGCGCUUCCAAUCUCUAUGUGAACGCAGGUCACCUCACGCUCCCAUUGAGGGCAUGCUGUCAAGAAUGGCGAUCAAAGAGUGCGACGAUCUAUUGGACUUGAUACGAGGCGUUGAGGCGUUGAAGACAAUUCCAACUUGCGAAGGGGUUCCGUGUCUAGUUGUCAUCGAUAGUGUCGCCGCAGCCGCUCGAUGCACUGAAGACAUCAUCCUGUCCCGUAUGCAGGGCGACAAAUCUGAGGGGUCCGACGCUGCCGUCCUCGCCGAACGCCAGAGUUUACUCAACAGAUUGGCAGUUGCUCUCAAAGGAGCCGCUUGGGUUCAACGUGCCGCUGUCGUAGUCAGCAAUCAUGUUACCGCUGAUUUCGAUUCGAACCAGAGCGAUGCUUUCAAACCAGCGCUCGGUCUGACGUGGUCCCAUGCGGUGAAUGUUCGACUCAUGAUCAAUAGAGUUGAGGAAUCAUCUCAAAGGGAGAUCGUCCUCACCAAAUCAGCACAGCAAAUGAGCUCGUCGUGUAGUGUCCGUAUUACUAUCGAUUGCGUUGCGGUUUCUCCCUAA